AUGCUUACGAACGACGCCAACAUCAAGGACACGUUGACCUACACCAUCACCACAACCAACUCUGCCGGCUUGGCCCAGUUUCAGAUUGACAAUGUGACAGGCGUUAUAGAUGUGGCCAAGCCUCUGGACUAUGAAAACACGGCGCUACGCAUGACUGAUCUCGUGGUCCAGGCUUCAGAUGGCUACUGUACAUCGCCCAAGUACCAGCUGCACCUGCAGGUCACCGAUGUAAACGAAGCCCCUACAAUAUCCCCUGACGUCAUCAAUAUGAACGUCUGUGAAGGAAAGAAAACCUUCAGCCCAGGCUACAAGCUCACAGACCCGGAUACCAUUGACACACAGAGGUGGUACUUUGACAAGUCCAACUCUGACCCUAACGGCUACUUCAACAUUGACGCCAAGACAGGUGACCUGAUGACGCUGCUGGACUAUGACGUGGAUCCACUGAAGCCGAUGCCAGUCUCGAACACUUUCAGAGUUGUGGUGGAGGACAAAGGUGGACUCACCGCCACGGCCAAGGUCACGGUCAACUUCACGGAGUGUAACGACCACGCCCCUGUGUUCGAUGCGCCUGGCUAUGAGGCUAGUGCCUCGGAGUGUUCCGGCGCAGGUUCCAGACUAAUCAGGAUCCGUGCCACUGACAACGACACAUCACGUGACGAUAACAACGUCAUCUACUACCAAGGCUCAGGUGGUGCCGUCAGUGUCAACAGUGAUGGUGACGUCAUCCUCAACCACCCUCUGCCCGCCGGAAAUGUCAUCACGUUCGACGCCUACGCCUACGACAGGGGGAGAACCCCGUCUCAGCUAAGGAGCGUUAACCCCACAAGGAUUAGCGUUAGGUUUACGCCGUGCUACACCACCUAUGUACCAAUUGUGGUACCGACCCCGGCUCCAACAGUACCCACCACACCCACGACGACAUUACCGACAACCACAACAACUAAAACAAAACAGGACUCGAACCUCCCUUGGAUCGUCAUCGCGGCCCUCCUCGGCUCCGUGAUGUUGGCCCUGCUGGCCUGCAUGCUGUGGCGCUACGGCCGGCUCUGUGCUCACGCCUGCAACAACUUCAGCUGCGAGAAGAAAUGCUGCAGACCCAGACCACGCAGAUUGGCCACACCAGUAGCCAGAAGACCAGCAGAAAGACCAAACAUUGAGCCAGAAGAAAAAGAGGAACCACCACCAAAAGGUCCCGGAUUUUUGUUUGGAUUCUGGAAAGAAAGGUUCCCAGACGACGAUUUCAAACAAGAGCCCCAGCGGAAGACCCUCCCCGCCCCCGGGGACAUGGACGCCCACUACCCUCACACAAUCGACGCCGUGGAGGACCCGCUGACGCCACAGGUUCCAGACACGGCGGCACCAAAGAAAAGUUGCGUCAUCAUGUAG